CCCCGGGUCUGCAGUCGCAGCUGAUCGCGCUCAUCUUCCAACCCAUCGCGCAGCACUGGGGCAGUGAGGAGUGGCGGGCCAGUGUGGCCUCUCCGCAGGCCUUCGUAGCUUCCUACAUGCCCCUGGUGCCCGCAACCUCACCUGCAGCUGCUGCAGCCCCGGGCACUGCUGCAGGCGGCAGCGGGGGAGGGGGAGGCAGCGGCGGUGGGGCGUAUGAGCUGGGUGCCCGGGACAAGCGAUGGACACUGUACCAUCAGGUCACGCUUCUGGAACGCGCCCUCCGCCGCGCCGGCCCCCCCACCGGCAGCAACCCCCCCGGCUCUACCCCCGGCCUCCUCCCCUCCCUCGGCUCGUUCGGAGCCCCCUCCACCACCGCCUCCGCCACCACCACCGCCUCCGGUACGACAGCCGCCUCUGGGUACGAACAUCCCUUUAGCAACCACCUCGAGUGGUGCCUUCCGCCCAUCGCUCGGCUCGUCGCCUGCAUUCACGCCCUCGCCGACCCACGGGUCGCUGCGGGUCUGGGUCCGCUAACCAUCAUCAACGAAAUGGACGCCGUAGAACGAGCCGUACGGCUUGGCGAGGACCGUGAUACGGCAAAGGCGGCGGAGCAGCCCGAACCCAGAUGCGUUGCUGGUGCUAACCUAGCGGAUGCGA